GUAACUACAAACAACUGGCUAUAUACAGCUGAAGUUCUGAAAUAUUAUGUACAUCCCAAUAAGACAGCAGGUUAUGACGAUCAAAUGAAUCAGCCAGUUUAUUUUAAAAAUGCCACAUUUGGACCAUGGUUUUUUUGUUGGCUUGAUCCUAUUACUCCAUUUCACUGCAACAAAAUUGAUUAUUUGCACGUUGAAGAGCCAUCUGAUGUGACGACGUCCAUUAAACAGUCAGUCAAAAAGGCUACCUUUUUUCUAAUCCUUGGUACAUGCCUCAGUGCUUGUGGUGUGAUCAAUAUAACGAUUUGCUCCUUCCAAGAGAAUCCUUAUAUUACUUUAUUAGGUUCAUCACUACUCCAUAUUUUUUCAGGUAUGUAUUAUAUUCAUUUCUUUACAUGAAUCAACCUAUUAGACGUCUCAGCUUUUUGCUUCCCUGCUACUCAACAGACUUAUGGAGACAGCAGGUUGCGCCCUAAUCAAGCUGGUUUCAGACCAGAGCGUGGCUGUGCUGACCAGAUAUUCACGUUAAGAAGGGUGUUGGAACAUCGCUUCAAAUAUAUACAACCCACUGUCACGUGUUUCAUCGACCUUGCGAUUGCCUUUGAUUCAAGUGAUAGAGCGGUGCUUUGGAGGAUGAUGGAACGACGAUGA